CUCUAAUAGGAAAAGGCCAUGGCUCAUUCAUGGCCACUUGGGUGGUAUGACAAUUUCGCCUGAUGAUUCUAGGCUGCUCGGUUUUUCUUAUAUAUAAUCGAGUGCAGCUCGUUGCUAGUAAUUACACUUGUACAUGCUUUGAUACCCUGAGUUUGUUGAAGAAAUUUGAAGACUUGUGGUGAGGCUUCUGAAAUCGACUCGAAACGUGGGAAUUCGCCAAUUAAUUGUGAAGAAGUUCCCUUGUAGCAAACGUCGUGGACUCUACAAUGGCGAAGAUUCAGCUUUACAGCAUGGCCACACCAAAUGGCCAGAAGGUCAGCAUUGCUCUCGAGGAGAUGGAAUUGGAGUAUGAGCCACACACCAUCAAUAUUUUCAAGAACGACCAAUUCACACCGGAGUUCAUUGCUAUUAAUCCAAACUCCAAGAUCCCUGCCAUUGUUGAUCCUAACGGCCCAGAUGGCAAACCUAUGAACGUAUUUGAGAGUGGCGCGAUCUUGCUUUACCUCGCAGAGAAGUCUGGGAAAUUCUUGUCUCAAGACCCCCGGCUGAAAUGGGAAACCAUUCAGUGGGUCUUCUUCCAGAUGGGUGGAAUUGGACCCAUGUUCGGUCAGUUCGGGCAUUUCUUCAAGUACGCCAAGGAUAAGUGUCAGCACCCAUAUCCCGUGGAGCGCUACACCAACGAAGCCAAGCGGCUUCUUGGGGUUUUGGAGAAGCGGCUGGAGGGUCGGGAAUUUCUCAUUGACGGCGGCUAUUCAAUAGCCGAUAUAGCCAUUUUCCCCUGGGUCGGCUGUCUUGACACAGGUUACGGUGGCAGGGAGAAGGUUGGGUUGGACAAUUUCCCCAACGUCAUGGCAUGGAAGACUCGGUGCUUGGAACGUCCGAAGACUGCCAAGGGGAUGACUGUGUGCAAAAUCUCGUAAUUCUCGCAAGAGAAUGUAAACUUGUAGGCUGUUCAGCGGUGAAUAUAUCUUACAGUUGUAGACAAUUGUAUUUUCUUUGUUACCAGUAAUAUAUGUUUCAGUUAUUGAGGUGCGAAGCUGAGUCAAUGUUUCACCUCAUUUACGGGUUUAUGGUAGUGUCUCUUUUCAUGCCUUCAUAUAACAUGCAAUAUUUUGAUCACAGAUGAACAUGAAGACAUACAUC